AUGACAUCAAGUGCCGCUCCCUCUACCCACGACCCUGCUGGCCCAUCCGACACCACCAGCAGCGCCUACACGAGGUUGCACAUCACUCCUUUCGACCAGGACCUGUUGAAGAUUGUUGUUCCGUCUUCCGCCCUGCCCAGCGCCCGGAACAUCUCUUUCCACACGCUUGAAACCUUUCCCGAGAAGCGCUACGGCUUCGUCGAUCUUCCCGAGGCAGACGCCGAGAAGCUUAAGAAGAAACUGAACGGCGCCGUGUUGAAAGGAGUCAAGAUGCGCAUUGACAAGGCACGUCCGGUCGAGGACUACACCCCCGCCGCCGACGACGAAGAGACGGGCAAGAAGCGGAAGAAGAAGUCCAAGGAGAAGGAGGAGAGGAAGAGGCAGAAGCGCGACGACAAUGUUGUCGAGGGUGUCCAGUUGCGCGAUCGUAAGGUCAAGCGCGGCUGGACCGUCCCCGAAGAGGCCAAGAUCAGGGAGAAGAAGAGCAAAAAGGACAAGGAAAAGAAGGACAAGAAGGACAAGACCAAGAGGCGCGAGGAGCGCUCCAAGUACACAGAAAAGGAGGAGUGCUUGCUGAAAACGAAGCUGCCCGCCAAGCAGCUCCCGCCCACGACCGAGCCCGAGGACGAAUCCGAACGCAAGAAGCGCAAGAAGAAGUCAAGGGAGGUCAUCAUCCACGAGUUCGAGAAGACGACGAAGUUUCCCACCUUUCUCAAGGCCACCAAGCCGGCCCCUGUCGAAUCGCUCACCACCGAGUACGUCCAAGGCAAGGGAUGGGUUGACGCCGAAGGAAACGUUAUCGAGCCGUCCAAGAUUAGGAGAACUGCGACGGCACCAGUUGACGAGUCCAAGGCGCCCAAGCCAUCGAAGAAGGCCAAGGCCCCUAAGCCGCCGCCGCCGCCGCCCCGGGAUGAGGACUCUACGAGCAGCAGUGCCGCGUCGUCCGAUGCCGAUACCUCUUCGGACGAGAGCUCGGACGACGAGCCGGAGCCGGUCAAGCCGGCGCCAGUGACACCCGCAAAGCAGACACCGCGGCCGCCGCCCGCGGAAGACGACACUACCAGCAGCAGCGGAUCGUCGUCUGAUGGCAGCAGCUCUGAGGACAGUUCAGACAACGAAGAAGAGACGGGAGAAGCUGCAAAGGUCUCGGAGCCUGCCGCCUUCGAGACACCCUUAUCUGCCAUCAAGGCCGCCGACGCAUCGCGGCCCAGGUCUGCCGGCUCCAACGUCAGUCUCACCAUCAAGAUACCCCCGCCGUCAACGCCAGCCCAGGUUCAUCCCCUCGAGGCCCUCUACAAGCGCCCGCAACAAGGCGACGACGAGAAUCCCCAGACCGCCAAGGAAGCCGAGCCAUUCAGCUUCUUCGGCGCCGGCGACAACGACGAUCUGGAAUACGAGGAGGAUGUCGCGCCGGCCGGUCAGCUGCCGAUGACGCCCUUCACUGCGCAGGAGUUUGAGUGGCGCAACGUCAGAAGCGCGGCGCCCACACCCGACACGGCGCACCCGAACCACACGAAACCUUUCUGGGCCAUUGGCGCCGAGGGCGACGAGGAGGAAGAGGAGGACGAGGAGACGCGGGAAGAGAUCGAGGCGACGCUGAACGCGGAGCGCAACGCCGAGGCCGAGAGCGGCAUCGCCGGCGGCCCCGGUGGCGACUUCCAGAAAUGGUUCUGGGACAAUCGCAAGAACCUCAACCAGUCGUGGAUGAAGCGCCGGAAGACGGCCGCCAAGGAGAGGCGGCACCGGGACAACAAGUCACGCGCCUCCAAGGCCGUGUAG